GUGCGCGCGACUGCCUCCACCGCCGUCGACCAAUUUCCGACCGACCUAAUCGUUUUCGUGUUUUAUGCACCCUCUUGUGAGGUGUACGUCUAUCGUGUGACAGGUGUCAACGGUGGCGGCGGUGUCGUUGAGGAUAAAAGCGGAAAGGGGUGCCGUGUCACUGUUAUUGUCACCUUGAUGUGUCACGUGAUGUUCGUUGAUCCGGCGUUGCUUUAUGUCUUAGGCGAGCUGUGCCGUCGCGAGCUGUCAUCUUCAUCGUCCUCGUCAUCCGUCGCAGGUGGUGGCGGAGGUAGUGGUUCCUCCUGCUUCGCUGACCUGACGCACGGCAUGGAGUCGAACGUGACGCUGUGGCAAUUUUUGCUCGAGCUGUUGCUGAACAACCGAUAUCACCAGAUUAUUCGCUGGACGAACACCGACGGCGAGUUCAAGCUGCUGAACGCUCAGGAGGUCGCCCGGUUAUGGGGUAUGCGCAAGAAUAAGCCGAACAUGAACUACGACAAGCUGUCGCGCGCCCUCCGGUACUACUAUGACAAGAACAUUAUCCGUAAGGUAAUGGGCCAGAAGUUCGUCUACAAGUUUGUCGCGUUCCCGGAAAACGCCCGUUCCGAGAUCAUGACCUAUCUGUUCAAGAUCAACAGCGACCUGAAGGCGGGGAACGUGUUGUUGGCCGACGACACUUCUCCUUCAGCAGUAGCCGACAGGGAAGAAUUGUCUUUAUCGUCUUCAUCUUCUUUCUCUGCCGUGAGGAGGAGGCAGUUGCCAUCGUCCGGUGCCACCGUCGACGCAUCGUCUUCGUCCGCUGUAUGUACCGCACGUACAACCGACGGCAGCGGUUACCAUCCGGUGGACUUGAGCGUUAAGAAGGAGUUCGGCCCGGCGAUUGCCGUAGCGGCCAAAUGUUGCUCCGAGCAAAGCGUCAAACUGAACGACGGUUCUUCUCCGACCGACCUGGUUGCCGAUGCCCUCUGGAACAGCGAUGCUAAAGACCAUCGCAACAUGAUCCUCGUUGACAGCGAUGGGGGUCGAAAGCGUAAGCAGUCGUUUUCUUCUUUAUCUUCUGCCUCAUCGCCUAAGGGAGGUGGUCCACCGCCGUUUUCUGUUUCUGAGACCAACGGUCAAGCAAGUACCGAAGAUCGGCGCCAAUCGUCGCCCCCGCCGGCCAAGAUCGCCGCUUCUGUGUCUUCCAUGGUCGUCAAGACGACCGAGCCGCAGCCGAAUUUUGCCGCAGCUGUCGGAACCUCACACCGCCCCAAGAAGCCAAAACCGUACCCGCUCAAUCUGAACGGCCACCUGUCGUCGGUCACUGCCCUUGCGUCCCCUCUGCUACAGAGUGCCGCCGCUGGCGGGUUCAACCCGUUUCUACCGAGUCCGCUCAACUUCUGGACAUCGGUCAGUCCCCUGCCGGUCAGUCCGUUGUUUUGCUCUCCGGCCACAUUCCAGUUCCCAACGUCGAUGAUCGCCGGCAGCCCGACGAUGACCAACGCCGCAGCUGCUAUGUUCUUCAAUGCCCAGUCGGCGGCCAUGUUGCAGGACAGUUUCGCCACUGCCAAGCUCACCACCAAUUUCGGACUGUACGGUAAGGUCGGUAGCUACGCGGGAAGUGGCGAGUCGGCGCUCACGUCCUGAUA